AUGUCAACAGCAAACGCAAAAGACAAAAAGACGAAACCAGCAGGAGGUAAAAAAGAAAUCAGUGAUGAGGAGAGAUCGGGAAAGUGUCUCUUUUAUUUUAAUGAUGACAUUACCUAUGAUGGAGAAUGGAUUUUAAAUGAAGAAACAAUGCAAAAACAAAAACAUGGAUUCGGAAUUUAUAAAGAUGGAACCAACACGUAUGAAGGAAACUUUGAAAAUGAUAUAAUUAAUGGAAAAGGGAAAAUGACAUGGGCAAACGGAGCUCAAUAUGAAGGAGAUUUCGUUAAGGGACAAAUGGAAGGCAUCGGGGUAUACAUUUGGCCUAACAAAACUCAAAAAUAUGAAGGUACCUUUGUCAACAACAAAAUGCAUGGGAAAGGAAGGUACACCAGUGAGGAUGGAAAGGUAUGGAAAGGAUACUUUUAUGAUGGAAAGGGAGAAAAUCUUGAGAGAGAGUUAAUGUAG